UGGGGGCGGAGGGAGCCGGAGCUGUCACAGGCCCCGGGUCCGCCUGACCGAGCCAAGUAGGGUGUCAUGGCCGCGGGGGGCAGCGGCUGCACUUCCUCUGCGGGCGGCGGUGGCGGCGGCGGCCGGGGAGUUAAUCCUCGACGCUCGGGUCGGUCCCGUUUCCCUCUGUGCGGCGGCCGGCGGGACCAUAAGGGCUUAACUCAUAUAUUUAACCCCCCUCCAAAAAGGUUUGAAAGUAUUCUUGAAGGGCUGUUUGGACCUGCAUUAUUAAAAGAUCUCAGUUUAUAUAAAGACAGUGAACCUGAAAGCAUUUCUGAUUGGACUUUUGAUGAAAACUGUCUAUUCUGUUGCUUAAGAAGAGAUAAAGUAAAGGGACACUUAGUCGGUCUGGAUGAACCAGCUUCGGGAGCUGGGCAAGAAGCUCUGCUUAAACAAGAGCAAGCAAAAAUCAUUCGAUUCGAGAGACAAGCAGAAGAGUUCCUCAAUGCAGUCUUUUAUAGAAAAGACAGUCCCUGGGUCUCCGACCCCAAUAUUCCCCUAGUGGCCCGUGAGAUCAUGCAGCGAAUGAUCCAACAAUUUGCUGCUGAAUAUACCUCAAAAAAUAGCUCUACUCAGGACCCCAGCCAGCCCAAUAGCACAAAGAACCAAAGCCUGCCGAAAGCAUCUCCAGUCACCACCUCUCCCACGGCUGCAACUACUCAGAACCCUGUGCUCAGCAAACUUCUCAUGGCUGACCAAGACUCACCUCUGGACCUUACUGUCAGAAAGUCUCAGUCAGAACCUAGCGAACAAGACGGUGUACUUGAUCUGUCCACUAAGAAAAGUCCAUGUGCUGGCAGCACUUCCCUGAGCCAUUCUCCAGGCUGCUCCAGUGCUCAAGGGAACGGUGAGAAUUCAACAGAGGCUCUAGCAGUAGAUUCUAACAAUCAGUCGAAGUCCCCGCUGGAGAAGUUUAUGGUCAAACUGUGCACUCAUCAUCAGAAGCAGUUCAUUCGUGUUCUGAACGAUCUGUACACUGAAUCCCAGCCAGGCCCCGAAGACCUGCACCCUGAUUCUGGAGCAAUGGAUGCAUCCACUUGCAGUGCCGGCUGUGCCCAACUAGGCACCAAACAUAAGGAAAAGGAUGCUGUGUGUCUCGAUAGGGAGUCUCCUACUUCUGUAGAUUUGUUCGUAGACUCAUCGGACUCUCACAGCCCUCUACGCGUGACAGAACAGGCCCUGAAGGAGCCUCCUCCCGAGAUAAAGUCUGUAGAUGGGAGAGAGAAUGCCUUGGCUGUUACCCAGAAAGAUUCCUCUGAACUUCCAACCACUAAACCUAAUUCUGGUAGUUCAACGGAUAGUUCCACUCUGGGAUACCUCACUGCAUCUAAUUCUUCCUCAUUAAACUUCCACCACAUCUCUAAGAGCUUGGAGGGGCAAACCACUGGACAGGAGCAAGACACAAAUGUGAAAAUUCGCGAGGAUGGUAAAGACCAUAUGCAGAGCUCAGCUUUAGUAGAAAGUCUAACUGCAGUAAAAGGGGCAGCUGAGAAUAGUGAGGAGAGCAACAGCUGUAUUAUUUCUCAGAGAAAUUCAUUCAAAUCUUUAUCAGAAGAGGCUUGGGACUCAGGGUUUACGGGGAAUUCACCUAGAACUGCUGACAAAGAGAACGCUUUACUGUGUAGCUCAAAAACACCUUUGCGCCAGGAGUUAGAGUCCAGUGAACAAGAUUCAAGGCCAAAGCAAGAGAACCAUCUUCACUCACUAGGAAGAAAUAAGGUGAGUUAUCAUUUACAUCCCAGUGAUAAGGGCCAGUUUGAUCAUUCCAAAGAUGGUUGGUUAGCCCCCAGCCCUAUGCCAGCUGUACACAAAGCAUCUAAUGGACAUUCACGAACCAAGAUGAUCUCGACCUCCAUUAAGACAGCUCGGAAAAGUAAAAGGGCAUCAGGGUUGAGGAUAAACGAUUAUGAUAACCAGUGUGAUGUUGUUUAUAUUAGUCAGCCAAUAACAGAAUGCCACUUUGAGAAUCAAAGAUCAAUAUUAUCCUCUCGGAAAACAGCCAGAAAGAGUACUCGGGGAUACUUUUUCAAUGGUGAUUGUUGUGAGCUGCCAACUGUUCGCACACUGGCCAGAAAUUUACACUCCCAAGAAAAAGCGAGCUGUUCAACCCUGGAGCCGGAGGCAGUGGUCACUCCCAAGCAGACCCUUACACUUUCAGCCCCUGGACCCGCCGUGGAUGUGCAGCAUCCCAGAGACGAUGACCACGGAGAACCUAGUAAAGAAAUAAUCUCCCUUAAGGAAGGAGACAGAGAUGCUUCCUCGGAAAAGGAAUCUCAAGAGCCUGAGGUUUGCCCCGUGACAAAUAAACCAAAUCCGAGCAGCUCUCCUAGGUCAAAGGAAACAACAGCCUCCAGCCUGGUGUCACCUCUCCCUGUUCACCUUCCCAAAGAGGACACGCCAGAAGGCAGCUCCAUGGUCUCAACUCCCGCAGCAAGUGGGAUAGCUUCCCCUGAACGAGACCAGCAGCCAGUCGAACUGCUGGAAAUCAAGGAGGGGACUGUCACCCAAGACUGUCACCUGGUUUCCUCUAUUGAGAGCACUUCUGAGGGAGGCAAUGAAGAUGUUGUUUCCGGGCCUCAUUCUUCUCCUGAAACAGUCAGUAGAGAGGAAGGUCCUCCUUGCUCAGAAAGUCAGAGUCCUCCAGUGGGCUUGGAGCCUCCUCUGAGCCUGGGAAAAGCUGAAGACAACCAAAGCAUCAGUACUGAGGCUGAGACUGAAGACACUCAGGAGCUAGAUACCGACCCACUCUUGAAGGAAAGCAGCACUUUUACUAAUGAAAACCCCAACGAAAUUGAGGAAAGUGAGACAGCAGGUGGUACAGGAAAAUUAGAGGGACAGGGCAGUAACGUAAAACAUUCUUCAGAAAGAGAUAUGUGUGAUCAAAACAUUGACUCACCCGAAGAGAAUCUGGACAAGAAGAAAAAAGUUAAAAAACUCCCCGAGGCCUCUGACAGGUGCCUAAGAAGUCAGCUUUCUGAUCCCUCUUCUGCUGAUAGGUGCCUAAGAAGUCAAAGUUCAGAUUCUUCCUUUGCUAGUCCUGAGAUCAAGGUUUCCAAAAAUCCUGUUAUGAAACGUUCUAAAAAGGAAGGGGGCCCUGGUGAGACAACACCUGAGAGUCUUCUGGCUGACGGUUUCCAUACAAAAGCUUUGGAGGACACUGAAAACCCAGAGGUCCAUGAAAAGCCCUCUGAGAAAGAUGCCGAGCAGGAGGGCAAAGAAGGUGGGAUCAUCACCAGGCAGACUUUUAAGAACAUGCUGGCUAAAGAGGUCAAAGGGGAAGAAGGAGGUAUUUUCCCCCGUGGUGAUCCCAUAACCACAGUAGGCCAGACCCUGCCUGGAGAAAGACUGGAAAUCUAUGUUCAGUCUAAGUUAGGUGAGAAAAAUGCUCAUGCUCCCUCAGAAAAUAUUCCAUGUACUUUCCCAGAACAAUCAAAAGAGAAGCCAGAACCAAUUCCUGCACACGAUACGGAGGAGGUUGUGAAUGAGGUUGGCAGUGCAAACACCCAGCAUAAAGGUGACCAGAGCGAUGUGCCAUCCAGUGCACGUGGCUUGUCAAAUAGUGGAAGUGGUGAUGUGGCCGGGCCCCCACAGUGCGUCCCGAGGCUUACAAGACUGACGUCUUCAACUUACAACCUAAGAUAUACUCAUUCUCUGGACUCCUUGGACACUGCAAAAGUGACUUCAGAAAAGGAAGCAACACAGGGAAACCCAAUGCCAAAGGAAAAGGAAGCUUCAGAGAGUGGAGAUCCCUUACAUGAGGAUGAUGUGGACACAGUGGUAGAUGACCAGCCAAAGUUUGUGGAAUGGUGUGCAGAGGAAGAGAACCAAGAGCUUAUUGCCAGCUUCAAUGCCCAGUACAUGAGAGUCCAGAAAGGUUGGAUCCAGUUGGAAAAGGAAGCCCAGCCAACGCCAAGAUCAAGGAACAAGUCAGAUAAACUAAAGGAGAUUUGGAAAAGCAAAAAAAGGUCACGGAAAUGUAGGGGUUCGUUGGAGGUUCAAAAGUUUUCUCCUGUUCAGAUGCUGUUUAUGACAAACUUUAAGUUAUCUAAUGUUUGCAAAUGGUUCUUAGAGACAACUGAAACCCGGUCUCUGGUUAUCGUGAAGAAGCUCAACACUCGUCUUCCAGGAGACAUCCCCCCUGUCAAGCAUCCUCUUCAGAAAUACUCUCCUUCCAGCCUGUACCCCAGUUCACUACAGGCUGAACGCUUGAAAAAACACUUGAAGAAAUUUCCUGGAGCUACUCCUGCUAGAAACAAUUGGAAAACACAGAAGCUCUGGGCUAAAUUUCGAGAGAAUCCUGACCAAGUGGAGCCAGAGGAUGGCAGUGAUGUCAGCCUCAGCCCCAAUUCUGAAGACACUGUAGAGGAAGUCAAGGAAGGUAGAAAUAGCCAUCCUCCCACAAAUUCACCUACCCCAGCCAGUACUCGGAUCCUCAGAAAAUACUCCAAUAUUCGAGGAAAGCUCAGAGCCCAGCAGUGUUUGAUCAAGAACGAGAAAAUGGAGAGCCCAUUUGGACAGGCUGUGGAGAGUAAACAGAGUUGUAAGAGUGUAUGCAUCAACCCUCUGAUGUCCCCUAAGCUGGCCCUGCAAGUGGAUGCAGAUGGGUUUCCCAUUAAGCCCAAGAGUACUGAUGGAAUGAAGGGAAGGAAGGGGAAGCAGAUGUCUGAAAUCUUGCCGAAAGCCGAAGUGCAGAAUAAACGCAAGAGGACAGAAAGCGGCACCGCUCAGGACAGGAAGGACAAGGGACCUGCGGUCAAAGCCAGCAAAGAAAAGCAUAGUGAUGGAUCCACCAAAACCCCUGCUGCCAAGAAGCCAGCUGCAAGGGACAGAAUCAGCCAACUGCCCAAAAAGACAUCCUUGAAAGAGAAUAAAGUGAAGAUCCCCAAAAAGUCCCCUGGGAAGAACUGCCCUCCCUCCAGGAGGGAAAAAGAAAAUACAAACAAAAGACCCGCUCAGCCAGCCGCCUCAGACACAGUGACGAAACCUGCAAAGCAAAAGGGGGCAGGUGAAUCCUCUUCAAGGCCACAGAAAGCCACCAACAGGAAGCAAAGUAGUGGAAAGGCUCGGGCCAGACCCUUGACAAAAACCCCAGAGAGCAGUGCGGCCCAGAGAAAGCGAAAGCUGAAGGCAAAGCUGGACUCUUCCCAUGGCAAACGGAGACGGCUGGACGCAAAGUGAUCGCCAGGCUGGUAGCCGAGAGUUAAACUGUCCUACAGAAGUAACCCUUCGUUUUGCAUUAACUAAACCUGCUUUUAUAAGCUUAUCCAGCCUUUCAAAUCUGCAGUUAAUGGAGAACAUCACAAUUUAAGAUGUCAGAAAAAUGUAUCUCAGAUGGAGAAGGGAACUUGCAGAGUCUUUCUCUGAGGCUGAGUAAGGGAAGUUAUAUAUUAUAUUCUGGUUGUUCCUUGGGUUUUAAACUUGGAACCAAGCAGUUUUAGUUUUUAAAAGUACAGUGCCUUAUUUAUCCUUUUUGUUUUUAAAUUUACAAAAGCUAAAAAGCUGAUCUAUGUGAUUAAAGGCUUGUAUUUUAUACUUGAUGCACAAGCACUUGUACUGUAGCCGAGAAGACCACCAUCAUGCACAUAAAAGUAGCUUUUCAGCAGCCACCCUGCAGUGUCUGUACCUGAACAGACACUCCUCUUUGCAAACCCUAGCAGUGAACUUCCCUCUCUGUCUUGUUUGUUUGUUUCAAUGAUUCUCGAAAGCUAAACCAAAUCACUUUUAUGGUAUGUAGAGAAUGCAGAGGGAAAUUAUUAUUAUUAUAAAAGAUGAAUAUUUCUGUUACCCCUUUUUAAAAAUUCAUAUUCUGUUCAUUAUUGGUCACUCCUCUCACUUUUGAUCCUUUGUCAUUUGAAAAAAUGUAUUCUAAAUUAUGUGCCCAUGGGACAGAAGAUGUGUCACAUGGUGUUAAUAUUGGGUUAGGACCUCUAAAAAUUAUUUACAUCCCCCAAGUGAUUUGCAUUACUGAUUCUUGCCAUCCUUUUCAUUUUUGGCUUGCAAGCUUGCUAGCACUCUAACGAGGUUUUCUUCUGACUUUGGGGGAAAAAAUGUAGGCUUUUUUUUUUUUUUCAUCUUGUAACUGUAACUUGACAAUUAGGAUAAGAGUGACUGUUCUAAUAUUCUUUCUUACCCCGAAUACUUCCAUAUUCAAAGAAAGCCAGGUUGUUAUUUCCAGUAAUAGAAAAGUUUAAGAGUUUGUGCAUGUGCAUUUGCCCGUUAUUAGCCACAGAUGUCUCCCAGCCCCGGUUCUGCAGUAAGAUUCUUUGUCGCCAUGCAGUGUGCUAGGGCGUUCGUUCAUGAGCUGGGUAAUUAGCACAGGCCAGAUGGUUUAAAUGUGGCCCAGGGUCUCUGUGAGUAUCCCCAAAACAAGUUUGGCAUGAGGCUCAGAAAGGUCUAAACAGCACAGAGUUAUGUAAAGUUCAGAGCAACUUUGCUGUUGGAGGAAGCAGCCCCGUCUCAUAGUGGGCCUGCAGCGCUCCCCCCACCUGGAGCUGACGUUCAGCUGGUGUGCUCCAGUGUGAACGUACAUGGUUAGAGUGGGUGUUAGCAUUCUAAUUGGUUAGUGCCAUACUGGUAGUUAAUGCUUGUGGUAUCACUCCCGCCUCUAUCACGUCAGGCUCUAUUCCAUGGCUCAGAAUUGAGAGCUACGGUGUUUUAACUAAUGUUGUUUGCCUUUCCUGAGUGACGCCUGAGGUGGUUGCAUGGGCUUUCCCUUGAUGCCUGUAACAUUGCUCUAUUAUAACACAGUGUGACUUCCACAUUUCCACUGGGCCACUCUACAAAAAAGGCUUGGUUGUUAAAGCUUCAGCCAACUUCUCUAACAUGCUCCGUCACAGAAGUAGGCUUGUGUGGACAGGUGCCACCCUGUCUGUUUUACUAAAAGUUUUCCAUUUAGAUUGUUCAGAUCUGUUUAGGUAAACCCGGGUGGACUUUUUUCAUGUAUAGUUCAGCCAAAUCAUGAUAAAACCGGCCUUCUACCCAUUCUGUGAAAAGCUUGCUGUAUAUAAUGGAAACUUCUGAUGACUGGAUAGGACUGGAGAAAAGCAUGUGAUUCAUGGGAAAUUGAAAAUUGCAUUGAAUUUCAUAGGUAGGGAAGCUUACUAUCUUCAGUGAAGCCUUGACUUUUUUUUUUUUCCCAAUGUCUCCUAUCCCAUGAGUCUCUUUUUUUCUUUUUAGUAUCUUUGACUUUGGCCAUUCAAGAGCUACCUAUAUUAAUGAAACUGCUGAGUGUGUAUGUUGGCAGCCCUUUCUCAGCAUUAAGUUGCACAGAAGCAUUAGUAUGUUUUUGAGUAGGUUUGGUUAAUCUUUAAAAGUGGUUUUAAAGUUAAAAAAAAAAUAUUUUCAUAUAGUCGUCACUGGAUACUGUUUUUGUGGUGACUUAACCAGCUGAGGUCUGCCAAUGUGACAUGUGUGGACUCCUGUGCGUAUACUCAAGGUGCCCCCUUAGCUGCACGUAGACUGCAUUGUAGCGGUGCUUGGAUUAACUUAGGGAGAGGUGUGAGGCAGUGUGAGUGGGUGGAACUCUUCCAGUUUCGGGUCUGUCAUCCAUUCCAUUACUUUUCUAAGUGCUUUUUCAUUUUAAAAAGCUUACUUCAAGAUAAUAGCCUUUUCUCCCGUCUUAGGCGGCAUUUGGCGAGAGGUAUGCAUGUGUAUGCCUUUUUUUUAUACACUGCAGUGGCUCAUCUUUAAAAUCAACUUACACUUUAUAGUAGUAACUGCAUUUAAAUAGACUGGGAUUCUACAUAAUUAGAACACUUAAAAGCUUAGAAUUAUUUUUAUAUUUGUUGAAUCUCAUUUUUGCUGAUUCAGUUAAUUUUGCUAAUAGAAGAAAGGAAAACAAACAAACAAACUUGAGGGCUGCCUCUGGAACACCCUUUUACUCUUACAGCCGAUGCUGGCAAACCUGUCUCCUAGACACCUCCAAGCCAGACUUGGAAUUGACUCAAGUUCCCCCUUGUUUCCCCUGUCUCACAAAGACCUCCUUUUUAUAGCCAUCUUCACAGUAUGGCUUGCCACCAGAUGCAAAGGCAAUCUGUCCCACAUUCCAGAUUCCAAAUUAAGAAAAAAGAAAACUCUGCUCCUGGGCCUAUACUCUGACUGUCCCAGUGUUGGAGCUGAAGUUGAUGACCUGAGAACGCCGGUAUUACCUCUGAGCUUCUGGGAGAGCUGCAGGAUGCCUGCGGAGCAAUGACUGAAGCUCUAUCAUAGCUCCCCAGAGCUGGGCCCUCUUCAGGAGACCCAUUUUCUGUCCCCCAUUUUCUAGCCCUUCAGGCUCCCUGGGUUUGGGAGGACAACAUGGAAACUGCUCCCCAGUCAGGGUCCAGAGCCUCCCUCAUAGCAAUCUUGCAGCACAGCAGGAAGGCAAUGAACGUUUAGUCUGCUUUUAAGGCUUCCCGCAUUGGAAUGUCACUGGUGUGUGUUCAUCUGCAGUUGCUAGUCCCUUGGAUCCCUUAGGUUAAUUCUGUUGCAUCUGUACUUCAUUAAAGAUUUUUACACAAGCCUUAUCUAAAAACAGUAAUCUUGGACUGUGGGUUUCAUCCUUGCAGUAGUGGGGCUAGGAGAGGUGCAGGUCCUCGUCUCUUCAUAGGUGCUUCUGAGGGGCUCCUCUGUGCAUCACACGCUGUUCAGAUAGGACAUCAGUGAAACACAUCACUUCAAGACUGUUGCUUUGAACUGAGGUUUGGUCUCUUUCCUGCCUUGUGGUGGAUUCGUGGUGAGGGCUGAAGCUGUCACCCCCCCCCUCUAUGGGCAGCAUUCCUGCUGAUUGAAGGACCCGAGAGCUAAGUGGGAAAGACAGCAUGCUACAUGAUGCAGGUCGGAGAUUCUGUAAGUACCACCAUCAGCAAGGCUGGUGGCUUGUCACCGCACCAGGGACUGUAUUGGAAUUUCCCGGGGUGCUAGGCCGAGGAGCCACACCCAUUCCUAUUGGUUUUCUGUCAGCCCACACAAACUGUCAUUUGGCUUACAGAGGAUCAAGGGUCUGCAGAAUAUGGGCUGGUCACUCUUUUGUAAAUAAAAGUUUAUUGGAACAUAGCCAUGCCCAUUUGUUCGUGUAUUUUCCUUGGCAGCUUUCCAGCAGAGUAUCAUAUUUAUAGCAGAGACCAAGGGCCUGCAAAGCCUAAAGGAUUUACCGUCUGGACCUUUCAGAAAAAGUUUGUUGACCCUCCUUGCUUAAGAAAAUAAUCCUUUUUCACUAACAAAUUUUGCCUGAUUGAUCUUCUCCUUUCUUUGUCCUCCCCUCCUCUCUGUCCUCUUCUUCUUUUCCCCCUUACCUCAGUUUUGUUCUUCUUUUUACACUUCUUUAUUUUCUCUUGCUACAGAGGAGACACGGUAUAUUGCUAUAGCACACUGACUGCCAUCUCCUGACUCGUGAGCUGCCGUAGCCUCACACCUUCCUUCUUAGAACCGCCCGUCACUGCAGCCACAGUGAGGCCACCGUUAGCCUCAAGAGUCAGACCCCGUGAGCAAACAGGGCUUCAGAGUUGUAAAUGUGGCCUGGCCUCUCAUUUCACUCAGCCUUUAUCAUAGACUUGACUCCGGCCUCACGUCUUGUUUGUUCCUAAGGUAAGCCAAGAUUUGGUUUUUCUCAAAAUUAGUUGAGAAUACUGUGGUAUUCUCAUUUACAUAUUUAGAUACGGAAAAAGCCUUUUCACAGAAGGGAAAACAAAGUCCAGUCACUAACCCAAGGUAUUUAUUAUGUAAUAUUUUGGGCCAGCUUCUAGGAAAAUAAAAAUGCAUCAGCACUGAUAUUUUUUUAGUCAUAUACUUUCCUUUCAAAAUUAUUUUAUUAAAGGCAAGCCAGCAAAUGAAAACUAGGAGCUUUGAACGUGCUUUUAGGUAAGAAUAGAAAAUUGGGGCAUAUUAUGUAACCUGAGUGUGACUGAGAAGUUGUACAUUAUAUCUUUGGAUCAAAUCCAGUCAGCUUCCAGGCUGUUGGUCUUCCCCGUCCCCCAGAACUCAAGGAUAAGCUUCCAUACUGGUUUUUUCCCAAAGGAAGUUGAAUGUCAUGCCAGUGAAAAAAUUUCUGUCAGUGGCCCCAGAACACUGAUUAUUUCGGUUAUUUUGAAACAGACAGUUAUCGUUUUGACUUCUCAGCUAUUAAUUUUUGUCUUCUUAUUGCUUGAUACCCACUGAAAUACUGGAAAUUUUUCUGUGAGUAUAAAAUCAGGUCUAUAAUCACAUCAGCAAGGCAGUCCUCACACCCCAGCAGUAAGUAUUCUUCCCUGGGCUUGCUCCCAAAUCCUUUUUCAGGGAAAAAAAUGAAAAUAAAAAGAUUAUUGCAUUUAAAACAAGCAGAAUUGGGGCGCCUGGGUGGCGCAGUCGGUUGAGCGUCCGACUUCA